AUGGUCGUUACGGCUCCGAGGAACAACAGGCCCGCCGACCGAGAACCUUCCUGCUUGUCAUGGCCGUCUCGUCGGCUGAGCGCCGAUGAGAAGUAUGAGAUGCAUCAGUCACAGAUCAGUGCCCCGAGCCUGCGGCCGCGACGACGACCGCGACAUACAAUGCAGCGCGUCUGCAACGGGUCCUGGAUGGCCAUGUGUCUUCUGUUUCUUCUGUUGAGCUUUGUAACUUCGACAGAGGCCGCUUUUAUCAACUUUGACAACUGUCUCGAACCUACCAUUCUAGACGAUCCUAGUCAGCUCCAAUUCGUGCCGCUCUUCUUUUCAGUCGUGUACGACCCAUCUCCAGGGCCAAAUCCGCUUAAUAUCACAGUCUAUGGAAACGUCACGGGCGUUGCAAGUGGUGACACUGAGCCCGCGCCUGGCUCGCCGGAAUGGGACGACCCUAAGAACACGGCCGGCAAGAUCCCGGAUGUUGUCGACAAUGAUGGAAAUCUUACUUUCACUACUCUUUUCACCACUCUCGAUUUGCUCAGCUAUAGCCCUUACGACGAGCCUUCCGAGUUCUGUCCAUCCGUGCACGGCGGGUGUCCUUUGAGCCCGGUUUUUCAUGCGAACGCGAGUGACCCCAAUGCGCUUCGAUCUUUUACAGUUUCACACAACAUCGAAUCGUCAUAUCAGUUUGCAAGUCUGUCUUCGACGCUGCGAGUGAAAUCCGGCGACACGCAGGGAACCGAUUUAGCCUGUAUAUCUGCAGUCAUUACACCAGAACUUGGAAGCUCCCUCCGCAACAGUCUAGCGUUUAUACCCCUCGUGAUUCUGAUCUUUGUCGCCAUUGCCAACAUAAUGGGUUCCGUCUAUAGUCCAUGGGGCUCUACCGAUAUGUUCCGUUGGACAAGCAACUAUGGCCGAGACGAGGAUUUGCUGCGGCUGGUGACGCCUGGAUUUGCCGAUUGCCUUCAAUAUAUCCAGUUCAUAACAUUGACGGGGGCUUUGACCUUGGACUACCCUGGAUUCUUCCAGCCCAUCAUCGCCCAAGGAGCAUGGUCGGCUCUCAUGUUCAAUCAAAGCUUUGUCAGCGACACGGACGGAACCACCCCGGUUUUUGACGGUGUGUAUUUUGUGAAUGGUACGUAUGGCAUGGAUCGUUAUACCCGGUAUGUAGGCUUUGCAGCCGACAAAGACGCCUGGCCGGGUUCGAUGAUAUGGCUCUUAGUUAUCAUCGCAGGGGUGACUGUUCUAACACAGCUUGCUUUUGGAUUUCGCUGGAUAUACCAUAGACUGGCGGAUGUUCCUGAAGAGGACCUCCGUGCCAAGAACGUACCAUUCACACUUGGGAACGUCAUUCGCAUCAUCUUCAACUUUCUUUUACUUCCGAUUCUGUCACUGGCCAUGUUUCAGCUCGUCAUUGCUCCCAAAUCGCCCGCAUAUUCGGUUGCUCUCGCCGUCAUCCUAAUCUUGUUGCUUUUAUGUUUUGCAUUCUGGGUGAUCCGCCUUAUCACUACCGCUCGUCCUCGAGCGUACCUGUUCGAUGACCUCUCUACCGUUCUUCUCUACGGUCCACUGUACAACACGUACUGCGAUGAUGCCGCACCCUUUGCUGUGGUGCCCAUUUUCAUCACAUUUAUUCGCGCCAUCGCAAUUGGGGCAUUACAACCUUCCGGCAUUGCUCAGGUGGUUCUAUUAGCAAUCUGCGAAGUCGCCUUCGUUCUAGUACUGGUUGCCUUCCGGCCAUAUCCUUCUCCGACAUCGAUGAAUCUCUACCAAUGCGUGUUUGCUCUUGUGCGCUUUCUUGUGGUGGUUCUCAGUGUCACAUUCGCUCCUGCGCUGGGCAUCUCCGAACAGACCAAGGGAUGGAUUGGCUAUGCUAUUUUGGUUUUGCAUGGCGUGAUGCUCGUGUUUGGGUUUUUCUUGAACGCAUUGCAAACUCUUAUUGAAGUGGUUGCCCGUCUGGCUGGCGCUGGCGGCGUAGAAGGUGGAGCCACUCGUGGUGGUCUUACAAAGGUCUUUGGUGCCAGGCAACUGUCGCGACGAAAUCCUAGAAGCAGCACUCGCCAGAGCAUGGCUUCAGACGCCGCUAUGCUCGCCAACAUGGACGAUCGUUCAACACCAUUUGGCGAGUCCAGAGCGAGGAGUCUUUCGGGCAGCUCUGCAUUUCUCCUUCGCAAUCAAAUAAGCGAUGGCCCAGUUAGUACUGCUUAUGAUGCAGGUAGUGCACAUGGCGGAACCCACAGCCGAGCAGGUAGUAGUGGGAUGUAUACACCAACAACCCCCGGAACUAGUAGCGCAUUCUCUCAUCCGGCCGGAUACCAGCCUAUGACUACGCCGAAGAUGGGCUCAUUCUUAGGUCUUAAACCCGAGGCCAUCGACCCUUACUACAGACCACCGCGACCAAAAUCAAAGGCUCCUGACACCCCAGUAUCAGGGUCAGGAGAACGCCAGCAAAAUUCAUCUGAUAGCGAUACCGAGGAUAAUGCCGGGGAACAGGAAGCUACAAGUCGUCCGGUACCUGCUGCUUAUCUCGGCGCCGCACGAGACGAACCAGAUCUCGAGGAUUCUCGACCGAAUCAGAAAGACUAUGCAGUGCGCGAGGUCGACUUUUACUAUCGUGUCCGGGGACCUGCCCUGUCUCACAAGGGAACGCGCAAGUUGAAAACAGGACCAGCAGAUCCAACUGGACCCGUUUCGUCGGCCUCGGGCUGGUUCCACCGAUUUAUGGGUGGAAAGACCAAGGAACCGAGUAAAGGAUUCGAAGUCGUCCGAAGCACGAGGGCGCGUCCUGCUGGGCUCUUCCCACCGGCCGAGGAUGAGGAGUAUCAUGAACCAUAUCGAGACGAACCAGGCGCACAGAACCCUAACAAGGGCGGAGCUGGCGGUCACUCGCGUGAUGUGUCCGGUGCCACAGCAUCAUCCAAUAAUGAUUCAGACCAAGCAGAGGGACCAGGCAAGGAAGAGAAAUCAAAGGAACCCUUCCGACUGCCCCAAAUCGAUGCUGGAGGUUCUAUCGAGCUGCCAAGUCGAGUUGGUUCUCGAAGCAGUGUUUUCACCACCUCAAGUCGGCCGCCCGUACCUAGGAAGAGUUCGAGAAGACAGACCCAGAUCGACGGUUCGGGCAGCGAGGAACCGGAACUAGUGACCAUUCCUGGCUCUCCCGAACCCGUGGCUGACCACGAAUCUCACCAUCCCGUGUCUUCGGAAUUGUUGCAGCCGUCGGACUCGCAGGCACGACUGCCGUUUGCCGCCAGCGAUUCAGGCAGCAAAAACAGCCAGGAUGACCGCAACGGAUCAGUGGCGUCGACCUCGUCAACCAUCCAUCGCACGGCGAGCGCAGAGCCCGGUCGGCCGUCUGGCAUGGGAUAUGUCCUACAGCACCGCGCAGGCGCCAGUAUCCAUCAACCAGGGUCCGAGAACACAAUUACCGGCAGUGCCGCUGAAUUGGUGGUGGAACAAAACGCCGACUCUGAAUCAAAAUAA